AUGCAGGUCUUUACAAUAGACUGUCUAUACACCCCAAGCCUCUUCAUUAUGCAGGUCUUUACAAUAGCUGGGCAUACACCUCAACUAAUCUUACGAGGCUGCACUUGCUGGGUGUUUGGACUGGUGUUGUUCGGGGGUUUUACUCGGCUAAGUGAGAGCGGCCUAUCGAUGACAUCGUGGCGUUUAUGCGGCACUCGCUGGCCUUCAACGGAUGAAGAAUGGCAGAAGGAGUUUAAUGCGUACAAGGUUGGCUGGUCUGCUUGCAGAGGCCUCGGGGUUUUCUUCGCUUUAGGGAUGUGUGCAUGCGCUCUUACACACUGUAUUAAACCCCCUCUUGCUCUCAAGCUGACCCUGUGCGGAGCACUUGGAGGCGUCCAGGGCCUCGUAGGUUGGUGGAUGGUCCGAUCAGGGUUUCAAGAGCCUCAAACGGAAGUCAAAACCCCAAGGGUUUCUCCUUAUCGCUUGGCUUUUCACCUACUGAUGGCUGGGGGUUUGUACACCGUAUUGCUGUGGCAGACGCUCUCGCUGCUGCUGCCUACCCCGGCGAGAGCAGCAGCAGCAGCAACAACAGCAGCAGCAACAGCAGCAGCAGCAGCAGCAGCACGUAAAGAUGCGCAUGCAUUUGCAGCCAUUGCUGCACUUACCUUCUCCUCGGGGGCUUUCGUUGCAGGCAACGAUGCCGGCAGAUGCUGCAACACCUGGCCCAAGAUGGGGGAUCACUGGGUGCCCCCUGAGGUGUAUGCACCUGGAAUGACGGUUUGGCGGCUGUUUGAAAACCCUGAGACUGUGCAAAGGGGUUUGGUCGCGCUGAGAGACCCCACUCAAUGCUUGGUUGUAUUGGCUCAUCUUUAA